AUGCAAAUUUACUUUAUAGAUAGCCAGUUAUACUUAACUUUUCAUAUUAGUGAUGAUUUUGAUGGAAAUUUCGCAAUCUUCAAUCAAGAUUGGAUAAUUGGAGCUUCGAAAGGAUCAUAUUACUAUUCUAAAAUAGAUCAAAAUUGGGAUGGUAAGCUUAUACAAUAUAAUGAAAUAUCAAUUCCUGAAGAUAUCAAAUUACUUCCAGAUCCAAAACAUGAAUCCGUUGUUUUUUGGUACUCGCCUACAUCUAGCAAAGUUGGCUACAUUAUACCUAUAAUUGAUGAAGAAAAAAUACAGAUUAAAUCUUUUGACUAUUUAGCAACAAGUAUUACAGAUCUUUCAGUGAGUAAUGAUUAUAUUAUGGUCUCAAGAACAGAUACAAUUAAGGAGUUUUACAAACGAGUUGAUUUUGUAGAUUUUCCAGUCAAUAGAUUAACAGAUUGCAAUAACAAUGUAUUUCUAGCUGAUUCAGAUUACUAUGUUCUGCAAGAUGACAAUGUAUUGAUGAAAAACAGCAUAGAACCAAAAACUAAUGAUAAACAAACAGAAAUUUCAAACACUGUUUCAAAGAUUUGGUCUUCACCGUAUGGAAUUUUAUAUGUUAGCUCUAAUGUACUCUAUUCUUCUUUCCGCAAAGAAAAAAUCUGUGAAAUUUCAAAUCAAGAAGAGAUAACAUGUCCUGUAUCAAACAAUAAGCGCUUAAUUAUAUUUACAGCAGCAGAUCCUCAAGUAUUUAAACUUUCUCUUGACGAUUUUCAUUUCAAUAUUUUUGAAGCUUCUGUCAUUAAAACUAAGGCACAGGAUGUUGUCAGCAAUAUAAAUGAUGCUUCAGACAAGUUCGCUAAUGCUUUCAAACAGCAAAAUUCGAAAUUUAAAGUUAAUGAUCUUCUUUUCAAGUAUCAGAAGGCUCAAACUUCAUUUUUCAACAAAAUUGAUGAUAAAAAUGAAUUCAUUAAUGCAGUUGGUUCGAUAAGAGAUCCCAAAUUAUUCAACAAUCUGUUUCCUAAAAUUGAUUGGUCUUCUUAUGAUUUCAAUUCAGAAUAUACCUUGCAGAUAAUGAAAAACCUAUCUCAUAAUAUUGAAAAACAUCCAGAAUAUGUCACAGAAUUGAAGAAAUUGAUGCAAAAAUAUGAUCCAUCUCCAAUUUUGAAAGAGAAUAUAAAAGUUGUAGGUUCAGAAGUAUUAGCAGCUGCUAUUGAAGAAUUUAAACGAAACUAUGAGCCACCAAAAGAUUUACGUCUUAUAUCUCACUUUGCUGCUUCCUAUGUAAUAGGUGACGACCACUAA